AUGACCGACAUGGAUAAACAGGGAUCCUCAAAAAAUGCAUGCCGCACUCAGAAAAGAAACAGCGCUCGACGUGCUCAGAAGAUCGAUAAAAAAACGGCAAAUCAGCUCGAAGACCAUGAGUGUUCUUUGCCACUCGAAAGAGAAGAUACCCAGAAUCUUGUAAUGAAAGAAAAGUCCCAGAAGAAAAAUGAAAAGAGAAGAAGAAGACGUCAGAAAGCGAAGCGCGCUGCCCAGGAAGCCAAGAUCCAGGAGCAACACGCUGAUCAGGGCUCAUCUCAAAAGAAAAGACGGAGACGCCAGAAAACCAGACGCGGUCGUCGAGCGAAUCGUCGACAGGAUUCAAAAGUGUUGCCAACAGUUUCGGAGUCUGUGCAGAACAAAGAAGGGACUGUUAACCAGCCAUCACCAACUUUUGCGGUUUCCGUCUUAGGCCAGUUUUUCGUGUUGCGCAACCGGCCCCCGUAUUUUGUUCAGUUGCGAGGCGAAGCGCCACUGACCAAUAUUCUGCAGGCUGGAAAUUCGCAACAACUCUAUGAUCUGUUGAGCCGCAGUGUUAAGCUUGCUGAACCGGAGCAGCGUAGAAAUUCCGCCAUUGAUAAAAAUGUGAUGACAGAAGACGAUAUUGUGCGGCUCUUGAAGACAGAGUCUGGCGAUGCGCCAUGGGCAAAGAUAAAAUCAAAUGCUUCAUGCAACUGCCGCGGUCCAUCCGACCCGCCACCGCUUUAUGCCAGAAAAGGAAAGCGACUCCUUUAA